UAACAGCUGCUGUUUCAACUGUCUCUUCUUACCUGAAGACACGUCCACCUAGGACUAGUCCACCAGAGGGCUCAUCCACCUGAGGACUCACUUGGGGAUUCGUCCACUUGAGGACUGGCCCAGGAGAGCGGUUGGAGUCACCGUUGAGACGUCAGGAAGUAGCACAGUGGCAAACAGGAGGUGGUGCUUGUCAACAAAGUGCAAUUCUGAGAUGCUGAGAAUCUCUCCCGGUCCAGGAGGAUGAGGAUGAGGGGGGAGCAGGAGGUGAACAGUACCAGUAUGAAAACCAUGGAAACCAAGCCAGACAUCAUCGAGGGAAACAUCACCAUGAAUGCUCCUGUGGCGCCGCGGGACAGAAACAUGUUCAGUGACGGAUCGACUCGGGUUGAUUUUGUUCUGGCGUGGGAAGAGCCUCAUAACUCAGAGAAGGAAGAGAGCACAGCCAUUAACCCCGCCCAAAGCAAGUGGAGGGAAACGUUCCUGAAGAAACUGAAAUACUCUGGACUCCUGGUGGAGAAGAGGGACAUGGUCCAGGCUAAGGCAAGGAUCUGUUUCGUCCUCCUGAGUGCCCCCUGGAGCGUCCUCUGUUACUAUGCUGAGGAGAUCAGCUUGCGAGUUCCCCUGCAGGUUGUCAACAGUUCAUACACCAACUGGUCCGCCCAAAUAUUUCAGUAUGUGUCGGUUUCCAACCCUAUGAGCCAGGAUGUCCCUAAUCCUCCACCGGACUUCUACACCUGCCAGUUUCGGAACAACAAGCUAGAGAGGUUUCUGGGUAGUGAGGACAGAGAGACGUUCUUCAAGACAACUCAAAGACAUCAAAUACUCUACGAGAUCCUGGCCAGGACUCCUUAUGGCUCUGUGUCCAAGGGUGAGGUUGGAAUCGACCGGCUGCUGAACGAGCAGGUCUUCACAUCUGCCUACCCACUGCAUGAGGGUGGAUUCCAGCUACCCAGCUCCCCGGUCGUCCCUGAGUCUCUGACACUCAGACAAAUCCUAUAUGCAUACUGGGCCCAGUGGUCUUGCUGGAAACGUUACCAACCUCUGGAUCACAUCAGGGAAUACUUUGGAGAGAAGAUUGCGCUUUAUUUUGCAUGGCUAGGGUUCUACACUGCCUGGCUGGUGCCGGCCUCGCUUGUUGGAACUUUGGUUUUCCUGGCAGGGUUGUGGCUGAUGACCACUGACGUUCCAGCGAAGGAGUUAUGUAACAGUGGCGGCGACUUCAUCAUGUGUCCUCUCUGCAACAUCUGCUCUUCCUGGAACUACUCCAGCAUCUGCAUAACAUACAAGGCAGGGAUUCUUUUUGAUAAUGGAGGGACAGUUUUUCUCAGUGUCUUCAUGUCCUUGUGGGCUGUCACCUUUUUGGAGUACUGGAAGAGAACAUGUUCAUCUCUGUCCCACCGCUGGGACUGCUCCGAUUUCCAGGAAAUUGAGGAGCGACCUCGACCAGAGUUUGCCACCAUGGCACCAAUGACCAUGAGGAACCCACUGACUGGUGCUGAGGAACCAUACUUCCCUGAAAGCAAGCGAUUAAACCGCGUGCUAACCGGCUGUAUGAUUAUGAUCAUCAUGGUGGUCGUGGUCCUGAUGUUCCUCAUCGCCAUCAUCCUGUAUCGCUCCAUCCUGAGUAUCGUGAUCUCCAAGGCCAACUACAGUUUCUUCAUCUUCUCUGCCGGCAGGAUUGCGAGUCUGACAGGAUCCGUGUUGAAUCUGCUGGUCAUUCUCAUCUUGUCCCGAGUAUACAUCUCACUCGCCCACAUUCUCACCCGCUGGGAGAUGCAUCGCACUCAGACCAAAUAUGAAGACAUGUUCAUCCUCAAAGUCUUCAUCUUCCAGUUUGUCAACUUCUACUCCUCACCAGUGUACAUCGCAUUCUUCAAAGGCAGGUUCAUCGGUUACCCAGGAAACUACGAUACGCUGUUCGGAGUACGCAAUGAAGACUGUGGAUCAGGUGGCUGUCUCAUUGAGCUGGCUCAGGAACUGCUGAUCAUCAUGGUCGGAAAACAACUGAUCAACAACGUCCAGGAGUUCAUCAUGCCGAAGGUGAGGGCGUGGUGGCAGAAGAGGAAGAGGAGGGUGAAGGAGGUUCAAGAGGAGGAAGGAGGGGAGGAGGCUGCUUGUCCUUGGGAGGUGGACUACCAGCUGCUGCUCUGCGAGGGUCUCUUCAGCGAGUACCUGGAGAUGGUCAUUCAGUUCGGCUUCAUCACCAUCUUUGUGGCGGCGUGUCCGCUCGCUCCUCUCUUUGCCCUCAUCAACAACUGGGUGGAGAUUCGCUUGGACGCUCAGAAGUUUGUCACCGAAUAUCGCCGCCCGGUGGUUGAACGAGCUCCGGACAUCGGCAUCUGGUUUGAUAUCCUGCAGUUCAUCACUUACAUGGCCGUGCUUGGGAAUGCCUUUCUCAUUGCCUUCACCUCGUCCUUCCUGCCCCGCCUCUACUACCGCUACACCCGAGACGCCUCCCUGAGUGGUUACAUCAACUUCACCCUGGCGACGUCCCCGUGGAACUACACCAGGGAGCAUCGACACGCCUGCAGAUAUCGGGGUUUGAGGGAUGAAAAUGGCAAAUAUCUACCGGAGUAUUUUCAUUUGCUUGCCAUACGACUCGGCUUUAUAAUCAUCUUUGAGCAUGUGGUCUUCUUCAUCGGCCGUUUGAUCGACAUGAUGGUUCCUGACAUCCCAGAGGAUGUAGAGCUUAAGAUGAAGAGGGAACAUUACAUGGCCAAGGAGGCACUGGCAGAGAACCAGGCCUUGGGGAGAGCGAUGUUUCCUGGUGAGGUGAACGGCACAGCCGGAGAACUUCGACAGCGUAAACCCAGACGGUCCCCACCCCCGGCACCAAGGAUGACGGAGAUCUCAGAGGAAGCUGAUACAUUAGGUAGCUGAUGGGACAUUUAGGGAGGAGAAGAGGCUGUUCAGUCCUCGCCCUUCUCGGAAGACCACUGUGUUGACGGUGAUGGUUACUUGGACCUUUUGUAAUAGAACUUUUCCUAGCAGACACAUGCUGAGAAGGCUGGAAAAAUGGAGGCAAACGUGAGUAGUUGAUGUAAAAAUAAUAUAUCCAUCCUAGCAUAAAAACUGUCAGAAGUGGAACACAAAAUAAUACCACAAAGUGUAACCGCACCACCAGAUGGUCACUAAGCCAAGUCAAGUCUACUUUUCACUGACACACACUGUGACUGUAUUGUAUAUACUAUAAAUAACUUUCCGUCUACUGUUUUAUAAAGAUCAAGUUAUUUUUUUUUAAUAUGUACUAUUUUUCAAGGAUGUUCCCAUUACAUUUUGGUGAGAAUCUUAAUGCAGAGGAACAGCGGUUCUACUCCGAGUUCCUCCCGGAUGGCACUCACCUUCAUUCUGGAGCAGAGCCCAGCCACGCUUAGGACCAUAGUUGAGGGUAGGAACAUAGAUCUACCGGUAAAUUGAGAGCUUUGAGGGCAGAAUUACAAUUAACACGUCAUCAGUAAGGUAAACACGAUCGUCUAAGCACACUUGCGUUCCCUAUUAAAGAGAGAACAAUCCAACGCUUGAUAAAUUCUCUUGUGGCAAACACAUAGAAAGUAAAAGUGCAAUGAUCCUGGAUUAUUGUUUACAGAAAGUAUGGAAAGGUUGUGAUUCGGACAAAUGAGUGGAGUAAUCUGCAGCGAAAAAAAACGGAAGGACAGGAUUAGGAAUUUUUUGGAUUAGCAGGUUGACGAGGUCUUUUGACUGCACAGAAGUUGUAAAUAUUGAGAUGUGACUGAAAGUAUGGAGGAGUUUUGUAAAUAAACAGUCUGCAAGAGUGCAUUGAGGGCCAGUUAACCAUGGAAUACAGGCGACAGUGGUGGGCAUUAAAUACCAGAAAUGAUGAAAAUGAUGAAAAGUCAUUGCUGGCUUUCAACCAUGUGACCCAGUGGCAGUUUAUGUCAGUUCCGGUGAGCCAACAGGGGUCAAAUGGGAGGGAUAGGACCACUUACAUACUGUAUGUUUGUACGAUGCUAAUCAUGUGAGUGUGCACGGUGUGUUGCACGAAGACUUGAAAAUGGUGAUCCAGCCAGGACAGCUCAUCUUCCACCUCAGACAUAAUGGAUGUAGCAGAUGAAAAUAACACUUUUACUUUUCUCCAUUUGCGUUCUUACACAAAGCCAACCUGCAUGAAUACAUUCUUGGAUGUGUACUUUGAAUGACAAAAUGAUGAACCUAGAGUUUUCUGUAGUGAGUCGGGAUUCUCCCAUAAGGGUUUUAUGCUGCCAAUUUUGGGUGAAUUGUCUUUUGUUUGGCUUUAUUUGUGUGAAACAUUUUUGUAUUUUGACACAAACCUGAAUUUUAAUUGCAUGCAUGUUUUGGAAAUACACAAAUACAUGGGAAAUAAAUUGUUCAAGAAUUUAUUUACAGAA